GUGACGACAUUUGAGAGACUUACAUUGUCUUACAUUCAUGCAUGAGUGCGCUACCUUCUUAUCUUUCCCUCUAUAAAUACCAUUGGUGACACCGCUUGUCUUUCUGCAGUGCAAAGCAUAACUUCUCUGAUUUACUUGCGGUACUACAGUCUACAGGUUGUUAAGGUAACGAUGGCAGCUGCGCAACAAAGUCAGGGUGUGGUUGAAUUCAAUGAGAAGGAGAAAGUAGCAAUAGCUGAGGCAAUCAACGAGGCACAAAAUCACUUGGCAAGCAACAAUGUAAAGGCGAGCCAAGAGCAGUUAGUUUUGGUUGCCGGUACUAUGAAGAAUGUCCAAGUUAGGCCACUAGUGCUUUCCAAAACCCAUAAUCGAGAGGGACAUUUCGUAGCCAACCCUCCUGAAAGACUUCAUGGGCAAUCUGCUAUCGGUGUAUUCAUACACGAGGGUGCUACUUCGCAAGGGUCGGGACCUAUCGUUCUCCCUGUCAUUGUAGGCUCCAAGGCUGCAAUUGUAUAUAGUACCUUCGACAAGAUGUAUCCUGGUCUUGGCUACCUAUUGGCUUGGUACAAGCCUGAGAACCAUGCUAACGGAAUUAGCAAGGUGUAUGUGGAAGCUGGUGAUCCAAGCAAGUUAAGGAACAUGGAUUGGAAAGAGAUUGAAGAAAAACUGGAUGCAUCCGGCAGCAAAAGCCGCUACUGGGACAGUAAUACUGGUGCAGCAGCUGCUGCUGAAAUUAAGGAUCAUGGCGAGAAAGCGGCUUUGAUUGGUGCUAUGUUUGAUCGUUUCCAGGAAUAAAUGCCGAUCACACCAUAUCAACAUCUAAAGAGGAACUACUACCGACUUAAAUAAAUUGCAUUAUCUAUAAUGCAUUGUUUAGUAUAUGUAUUAUGUAUGUUUACGAUAAUAAUCCUCGUGCUUAUGUAAACCAAGAAGGAAGAUAUAUUCUCUAAUAAUAAUAUUAUUGUCUAUCCUAA